UAAUCACCACUGUUUGUCUGCACGUCCCUGUUUUCUGUCAUUUUCACUGCUUCCUUUUCAUCUGCGUCUGUUCAGCCUGAAUCUGCUGCAAACUGAGGGAGGCCAGCAGCAGCCCAACAACACACAGCGUUAGAUGGGCGUCUCAUCUUCACGACGGUUGUAAAAAUGGACUAAAGACGGUUUCUUCGCUCUCUCAAGCUACACUCUGUUCCCGGGGAGCAGAAGGAAGAAGAUGACCCUUUUCUCUUCGCUUGAGGAGGCUCUGCUGCUGCUGUGUGGGGGAGUGGGUUACAUCCUGUGGCGUUUCCUGUGUUUGUAAACUAGACGGCACUGAAAACGACGGGCGAGUCGAGCUGAAAGUUUUAAUGCUAGAUGAGUGAGGUGGGUGUGGCUUCCCACCAGCCCGACCAUCCUGACUGACGGAUCUCUGGAUGACCUUGUCCCCACCCCUGUCCCUGCGCUCACACAUACCACAGCAAUGUCACAUCUGCCCAGCAGCUCAGUCCGCGACCAUAUGAAAUGGGCGGGACUGCUGGGCUGCGAGGCUGUCCUUUCCAGUAUGGCCCUGAUGCAGGCCAGCUCCAUGGCCGCUCCACCCAAAAAAAUGAUGGCUCCACUUGGCCAUGCACCACCGCAGAGAGAGAGACCUGACCGUGCUCCCCAGAGCCAUAUGAUCCUCCCAUCUGGAAUGAGCUGUCCACCCCUGCUUAUCCGGAAGGAAGGUGAAUUCCAAGCUCCCCGCCUGCUGGAUGAGAAAGAGAUGAGGGCCAACGAGGACAUGCAGCAGAAAAAAAAGAACAGGAAAUCAGUAACGCCCUGUAAAGUGCGAGAACAAGAAGGAAGGGGAGGGAAGGGAACAGGUGGAGAUGAAAAUGGUCCAUCGUCCAAAGUGCAGAAAAACUUUAUUUGUGAUCACUGUUACGGAGCAUUUAGGAGUGGAUACCACCUGAAGAGACAUAUCCUCAUUCAUACAGGGGAGAAGCCGUAUGCUUGUGCCGUAUGUGACAUGAGGUUUAUUCAGCGUUACCACCUGGAGAGACACAGCCUCAUUCACACGGGAGUGAAGCCGUACGCUUGUUCCAUGUGUGACAUGAGGUUUUUCCAGCGUUACCACCUGGAGAGACACAGACUCACUCAUACGGGGGUGAAGCCGUACGCUUGCUCCAUGUGUGACAUGAGGUUCUUCCAACGUUACCAUCUCGCAAGACACAGCCUCACUCAUACUGGGGUGAAGCCAUACGCUUGCUCCAUGUGUGAUAUGAGAUUUUUCCAACGCUACCACUUGGCAAGACACAGCCUCACUCACACGGGGGUGAAGCCAUAUGCUUGCUCCAUGUGUGACAUGAGAUUUUUCCAGAGAUACCACCUGGCAAGACACACUCUCACCCACACGGGGGUGAAGCCAUACGCUUGCUCCAUGUGUGACAUGAGGUUCUUCCAGCGUUACCAUUUGGCAAGACACAGCCUCACUCAUACUGGGGUGAAGCCAUAUGCUUGUACCAUGUGUGACAUGAGGUUUAUACAACGUUAUCAAUUGGAGAGACACAGUCUUACUCAUACAGGGGUGAAGCCGUACGCUUGCACCAUGUGUGACAAGAGGUUUUUUCAGCGCUACCACCUGGCGAGACACAGCCUCACUCAUAUGGGUGUGAAACCUUAUGCUUGCACCAUGUGUGACAUGAAGUUUUUUCAGCGUUACCACCUGGCAAGACACAGCCUCACUCAUACGGGUGUGAAACCUUAUGCUUGCACCAUGUGUGACAAGAGGUUUUUUCAGCGCUACCACCUGGCAAGACACAGCCUCACUCAUAUGGGUGUGAAACCUUUUGCGUGUACCAUGUGUGACAUGAGGUUUGUUCAGCGUUACCACCUGGCAAGACACAGCCUCACUCAUACGGGUGUGAAACCUUAUGCUUGCACCAUGUGUGACAAGAGGUUUUUUCAGCGCUACCACCUGGCAAGACACAGCCUCACUCAUAUGGGUGUGAAACCUUUUGCUUGCACCAUGUGUGACAUGAGGUUUGUUCAGCGUUACCACCUGGCAAGACACAGCCUCACUCAUACGGGGGUGAAGCCGUAUGCUUGUUCCAUGUGUGACAUGAGGUUUAUUCAGCGUAACCACCUGGAGAGACACAGCCUCACUCAUACGGGAGAGAAGCCAUUUGCUUGUGACAUGUGUGAUAUGAGGUUUAUUCAGCGCUACCACCUUGAGAGACACAAGCGUGUCCAUAGUGGGGAGAAGCCUUACCAGUGCGAACGGUGCCAGCAGAACUUUUCACGCACAGACCGGCUGUUGCGGCAUCGACGGUUGUGCCAGGGUCGCAGCGUAGCCAAAGUAGAGAACCAGCCGUGCUGCGAACCCCGCCCAUAUCCCCAAGAACCCCCACCUGCACCCCCAACCUGGAGUCCCCUGCAUCCGCCUCCGGGUCGGCUGGCGGUCUGACAUUCCACCUUCCCUGCAUCCACAACAGCGCCAGAGACGGGACAAGCCACAGGGUUUCUUCUUCUCAGCUCUGUGCAGAGUGGCACCACAUUCUAGCACAGACUGAUCUUGCAGCUCCAGUCUUGGGAUUAAUAAUGACAGCGGGACAUUUGUGUUUUUGUUGACUUUUUACUGUGUUUCCUUUUCUUCCCUGUUUUUUUAAAAGAUGAGACUUUUCUGUGAUGAACAGUGGUCCUGUUUUGUACUUAAUCUAUUUGAUUUUUGCAAAAGAGAAAAACUUUUUAUUGUUGUUCAAAAAAUAUCGGCAUUUAGUGGUACUCGGGAAGGGCACUGGGUAUUGUUUAUCCUGAUGUGUUAGCAACAAAUGGGAUAAAGUGGUAAAGAAGCGUGUUUGAGCUUCUUUCUAAUUUUUCUUACAUGGCCCAUUUUGACUUGAAAGGAAUAUCACUGAAGCUAACAGAACUGACCUUUCCUUCCAGGUAAAGCAGGAAACUAGUCUGUUGACAUUCUAUGUUUGGACCAGAGUUGCUUGCUAUUGCAGCUAAUAUAGUGUUGAGCAUUGAAACAUUUCACUGAAGGCAUGGUCUGGUAUAAAUGUGAUUCAGUACACAGGGCUUCCCGACUUUAUCAUAAUGGAAGGUCCAGUAUAAAUGAUUACUUUGUGUAAAUAAUUCAAAAUGUUUACUAUUAUUUCACUUUAGGCUUAAAUGAUGGUUCUUUUCAUGCACAAAAUGGGCCAAAAAGAAACUGAAAAUUAGGAUUUUGUUCAAAAACCGUCUAUUACUCCUGUUGCAGUCGGGUCCUGAGGAAACCUGAGUAAUUUUGUGAGUGUGUCAAAAAAAGUAAUAUCAAUAACUGUCAACCAGGACUUCCGAGAACUGUCCAAUGAGAGGGCGACCUGCGCUUGACCAGGUGUGUGUCAGACAUGAACAGUCGGGUCUCAGGAGUGUCACAUGUUUAUUUCUUGUUGUGUCGUGUGUGUGACAUGCUGGUGACUCAGGAAAUGGAUCAGGAUGGCAGCCUAAGCGAGUCCUCCUUCUACAUGUACUGAGAGUAUGUGCUAUUGUACGCACCGCUGUAUAUAUACACGGUAUAUAUACAGACAUCUCCAGCACUAUAGCAGAAAAAAGUCUCUCCUAGCUCUCCAUAGACCCUGGUGUAAAAUGGUGCAGGUUGACCAUUUGAAGUCCCAUCAUGUUGUUUUUACAGAUUGUCACAUUGUGAGAUUAGCGGGGGUAUACAAAAUCUUGUGGCCUUAGUAUGUUACUCUUUUUUUUUUUUUUUUUUUUUUAACAUUUUUAUUUUGUUUGCCUUUUUCUCGACUGUUUUACUAUUGUGGAUCAGAUGUAUUUACUAGCCUUUCAUCAUCUUUUUUUUUUUUAAAUCCUAAAGCUGUCAUGUUACUGAAUGUUGAUGGCUUAAGUGGCGCUAAAACGGACUAACGUGUUGUUCUGUUGAGAGGUCGUCUUUAUGAUGAUAACAUUUUGGGUCAUUGUUACUGAUAACGAUGUAACACAGUAUAUAAUCCUAAAGGAGCCCCCUGGGAGUUUGACAGUCAUUGUGAGAAGUCGGUAGUGCUAAAUUGUUUCCCACUGCAGUGCUUUGGCUGGUCGUGGGCCAUAGCAGAAUCAACACUUCCUUGACUCUGCUACACACUAACAAUUGCCUUUUCAUCCAGAUAUUAUGUGGUUGGUGUGUAAUAAUGGAUGUCUGUCAUGUUAUUGGGUUUAGCCUUAAGUAAGUUGCAGAUACACAAAUAAUCAUAUUGUAACAAACUAUUUCUUUUACCUUUUGAUGAACUUCGAUCGUACUCUGUGCAAGUGUUUGACAGUCAAACGGCAAAGAGAGGGCCGACGAAGGGCCGCUUUGCUGCUUGUUUUGGAGAAUUUCUCAAACUUGAUCCUUUCUGUGGCUGGUAAGCUAGUGAUCACAUUGUCCUGUGUUGUUUGACCCAGAAAUGUCAGUGCUGAGUGGGAGGAAUAAUCUGCUGGCAACUAUGAUCCUGUUUGGAUCAGACCUAGCUGAAAGAAUAGUUUUUUAAUGGCCUGGGUAAGCCUGAGACUAAAUGUACAGAUUGGAGUCUCACAGUGCUUCAGCUGGCCUCUGAAUUGUGGGAUGAACAGUUCUGUUAAAAAAAAAAAACAAAAACAAAGCAGAUUACUGAGUUGAGUGAUAUUGUACCAAAAGUAUUAAUGGCAAGCUUUCUUCAAGUGGUCCAGUGAUAUAAAGGCAAAGUUGUGUGUCGGUUAAAGUGUGCACAAAGAUGGGAUUCAGUUUCAAGUGACUUCAAAGAUAAAGUAAAACCCUGUGGCAGCAAAGGGGCCAAGUUUGAGAAACAAAAUAAUUUGCUCUGGAAACACUAUUCCGAAUCUGUGGAAGGGACACUGCUGGUGCGAGCACAUACUGAAAACGGCUAAAGGGCAAUACAGUAUAUAGUUGACAUCACUUGUUAAUACCUUUUUGUCAUUUAUUGUUUUUAGUAUUAUCAUUCUCAUGGUUAAAAUGCAAUAGAAUCCUUGAGUCUUGGAUCAUUUCUUAUAAGGUUAUGGUUUUUAUUUUUUUUUCGGACAGAUGAAAGGAUUUAUUUGUCUGAGAGUUUCUCAUCACAUUUUGAUGAUUGUUUCAAGGACCUUUUUUAUUCUGACGAAAUUGUAAACACUGGAGUGAAAGGAAAAAAGACAAAAAAGAGAUAUGGAUAUUUUUUUCCUUCAAUCUGUACUAGAUUUUAGGUUUUAGACAAAGCCUGUUUCUCCUCAGCUCGACACAGAAGGUGGACAGAACAAUUUGGAUCAGUACAGUUGAGAGCCCAGAAUGCUUGGUAAUUUUGACAUUAGAGGCAGUAGUACCACAAGAAAAUGUUUUCUUUCUUAUACAAAGUCCCUGGUAUUUGUAGUAAAUUAUAUUGAUAAUGGUAUUAGAUGAACAACAGCAUAACAGUAGCUAUCACAGAUUAGUUGUUUUCUUUAUUAGUCUUGCAUGCAGAGUUAUGGUCCUCAGUUAAGAUAGGAUCUUGAUAUUGAUUAUUUUGUGUAGGAAAAUGAGUGCAUAAGAAUAACUUCCUAAAAAAAUGAUUAUUGUAAAAUGGGCUAACUAAUAUGUACCCUUGUGAUCCAAUUAGUUUCAACUGUAUGAAAAUCAGAGGAGAGGCUUCUUACUAUUAUGCUGAAAUAAUAAAAAGAAUUUGUAAAGGA